AACCCCCUCUCUUUCGAUUUUCAGUUCCACAUCCUCGCCCGGUCACUUCGUAGUCCACAACCACUACCAAUUUCACUUCAAUUCCUCAAAAUUAAGCCACCAACAAUGGCGAAUCAACUCUACAACCACCAAAAACCAUACUCAAGCAUCUACAACACCACCUCUAGAUCCACCGUUGAUUCAUACCUCACUGAACCACCAUCCUCCUUCCGAACCUCUUCUCGCUACCUCUCUACUUUUUCUGACCCUCCUUCCUCAUCCUCUUACUUCCGAACUCCUCCAUCUUCCGCCGCCGCCGCCACCGCCUCCGAACGCCACUCUCUCUCCUCUUAUGAUAGCCCUCGACCGACCGUCUCCACUGCUGGUGGUGCUGCUUCCAGAAGCUUCGUUUCUACUUACGGCUCUUUAUGGCCUUCCUUUGAUGUCUCUUCCGCUAUCACUAAGCGACCCUCUGAAGCUCUCUACGACCAUCCUGUUCUGGGGACCCAAAUGAUUGGGCAAUAUGAGCCUUGGUUUACUUCUGACUCUUUGACCAAGCGCCCUAGACUGGAGAGUGCAAGCAAUUUGCCUAUUUAUCCGCAAAGACCUGGAGAAAAGGACUGCACACACUAUAUGCUUACUAGAAUCUGUAAGUUUGGAGAUAAUUGCAAGUUUGAUCACCCUAUCUGGGUUCCUGCGGGUGGAAUCCCUGAUUGGAAAGAGCCUCCCUCAGUUCCUUCUUUUGAAUCCUAUCCGGAAAGACCUGGAGAGCCAGACUGUCCGUACUUCCUAAAGACUCAAAAGUGCAAAUAUGGUUUGAUGUGCAAAUUUAAUCAUCCGAAGGAUAAACUGGAUACUUCUGGCAGCAAAACCGACGAUCCGGAUUUACCUGACAGACCAUCUGAACCUUUGUGUUCGUUCUAUAUGAAGACUGGAAAAUGUAAAUUUGGUGCAGCUUGCAAAUUCCAUCAUCCAAAAGAUAUCCAAGUACCAUCAGAUGGACAAGAAGCUGAUGAUGGAGCACAGACGCAUUCGGCAGACCAGCAUAAUACUGCUGGUGAUGUAAAUGCAGUCAAAACGCUCACCUCAAAUCCUGCAUCAUCAUACAACACUAAAGGAAUGCCCAUGCGUACGGGUGAACUGGAUUGCCCAUUUUACAUGAAAACUGGCAGCUGUAAAUAUGGGGUCAAUUGCCGAUACAAUCAUCCUGACAGGAACGAACUCUUACCCCCCUACUCAGUUAUCAAUCCCACUGCUGCAAUGGUGGGCCAUGGAGUUCUCCCUUCAUUAGCGAAAUUUAAUGCAGGGCUUGUCAAUCCAGCUGUCUCCCUUCUCCAAAGUCUUCAACCUGGGCUGGCGCAAACAAUGUUUGGACAGGUCCCAGUUAUGUACCCUCAGCGUCCGAGCCAGACUGAAUGUGAUUACUAUAUGAAAACUGGAGAAUGUAAAUUUGGAGAAAGGUGCAGGUUCCAUCACCCUAUAGACAGAUCUGCACCCACAAGUAACCAGACCCUUAAGUUUACUCUUGCAGGUCUUCCCAGGAGAGAGGGUGUUCAACACUGCCCUUUUUAUAUGAAGACUGGUACAUGCAGUUAUGCGGUUAAUUGCAAGUUUGACCACCCUCCUCCAGGAGAGGUAAUGGCCUUAGCUGGACCGGAAACUUCCACAAAAGCUGAAGAGGAAGGGCCUGAAAUUGAAGAGAAUGUAGGGACUGAAAAUGAAGAAAUUGUAGGGACUAAAAAUGAAGAGAAUGUCGCAAGUGCCGAAGAGUAGCAGCAGUAUUUCAGAAAAGCUCAUGGUAUCAGUUCGGUAGUGAUAUACAUCCUCUGUUUUUAAUUUAUUUUACUCCUUUUAAAAGGUAUUCAUCUCUAGAAUUUGAUACUGGUUUACUCUGCAUUCGUUGAGUGGUUCAAAACCCGUUUUUGUUUGCUUGUGUGGUAUAUUGAAAGGUUUUUCUAAAGAGUGUCUGUGAACAUUUAUUAAGCCUCGAAUAUUGAAUAUGGUAGAUCUAAAAGGGGCUCGCUCAUGGGCACUCGUUAGAAAAACCAUGUAUUGAACAUUAUAGCUCACAAGUUGGUGCUGGCUGAAAACAGAAAAAUGGUAAUAACCAAGCAGAAGUCUUCUCUGCUACCAGUCUUCAGGUUUGAUUGUUACAUGUUCUCAUAUACGAAGUAUUAGCCAAAAUACAUUUGCUUAAUUUUUUUCAACUGUGAGAAAUUGUAUCAACUAACCAUAUGAUGAAAUCAGUAUAUGGUCAUACUGUGUUGGAAGCUCAAUAAAACCUCUACUCUUGCAGCAGAUA